AUGCACAGAAUACAGUUUGUGUGUUUUGUUGUAAUAACUUUAAUGUUUUUUAAAUUAUUAAAAUGCUCCGGAAACCGUCACAUGCAACCUUUUAUUGUUAAUGGUAAAUAUGCUAAAAUAGAAAAAUUCCCACACAGCGUUUAUUUAGAAAUGCGUUGCUGGCGCGAUUACUUGGGCGCCAUAACUUGGGAGCUAUCGAAUUGCGGAUCGUCGAUUUUAAACCAAAUGAUACUUUUAACUGCUGCCCACUGUUUGGAUUUUUGCAUUGAAAGAGGAGAAAUAGUCGCUGUUGCAGGCCACGAAAAUGUAAAUAAGGCGACGGCGAUAAGGCGAGUAAAGAGUAUAUUGCUCCACGAAAACUACAGUGAUAUGAGUUUUGCUGACGAUAUUGCAUUAGUCUUUUUAGAAGAAAGUUUACCUUUAGGAAACACAAUGAAAAGAGUGAUACUUACCAAACAAAAUAGUGUCGGUCUUACCGCCAUGAUUGCAGGAUGGGGACUUAUAAAUGACGACGAACGUCGAGAAGAGAAAACCUACAUCCUCAGGUCAGCUCCACAAAUAGUAAGGUCGAAUAGGGAUUGUUUUGUACCCGAAUGGCGAAUGACUGGUUUAUUGUGCGCAGGUAGUACCAACAUUAAUCAACCAAGAGCUACUAGGUAA